AUGGGAUGCCAGACAUCGAUUAAUGGGAUCCCGACAGAGAGGCAGUUAUCGGGGACAUUGAAAUCGUGGAGCGACGACAGUAAAACUAACGAGGAGAUGGAGCCGGUGAAAUUGUUUUCCUUGAGGCGGAGAGUCAAUAGGUGGGUCAACCAGCUUAGCUUAGUGGGGCGCCCAGAGAUGGCGCCGGAGAAGUUGUUGUGGAACGGGAAAAAAGGUCGAAGGAGGUUAAAUUGGAGAAGGAAUCAGCAAGGGAUUGACAAUCGAGUUGGAUUUGAGGUUGGGACCCGGAGGUGA